GUCUGGAUGAUGCCGAGAGAACAGGCCGCAGCACUGGUCCAAGACUACGUCGACCAUGUGUAUCCCCUGCUCCCCGCCAUUCACGGACCAACAACUCAAAACCAGGUCAUGGAUUUCUAUGCCAGACUCUCUCGCGGAGAGCAGAUCGAGCCGCGCCUUGCUGCCCUCAUCCUCGGCAUCGGCGCGGUCAGUGCGUAUUUCUGGCAGCCCGAUGCGGCGCACCACAGCCGCUUCGCAUCCGCCGAGGAAGCCGCACAGGCAUCGUUUGCCUGGCGAAAAUGGGCAUACGACAUCCUGACUGAGGCUCAGGGGUCCAGCCGCAACAGCACACUAGAGGACCUCCAGGCCUGGACGCUCCUCUCCUUCAUGGUGCACAACGUCGACGGCUGUUCCUACCGCUUCAGGUUCCUGCACAACUGCGCGCUCAAUGCCGCCCGGGAGUUGAAGGUCCAUCUCGUGGACAGUCCGCGGGCUGAGACCAAGGACAAUCGGGUCAGUCGGGAAGUGAAACGGAGAAUAUGGUGGCAGCUCGUUGGGACGGACUGGAUGCUCGGCUUUAUGGGAGGUCCCACCGAGGGUACAUAUUCAAUUCACCCGCGGCACAUGAACGUGAAGUAUCCGAGAAACCUGAAUGACAACGACAUCGCGACGUGGGACGAGUCGACCACAGCUCCUCUCAACGUGCACACUCAGAUGUCGUUCUCUCUGCAGAGGAUACGCAUUGCGGAGAUUGCCCGAUCCAUACUGGACGCCCGCCAGCCUGGAAGCCCGGAGGUCGACGUCACAGACUACAACCAAGUCCUCGCUCUCGACCGUCUAUUUGAGCAAGCAUUCAUUGAUCUACCCCCCUUCUACCACCUCCACUACGGAAGCCCCUUCCACCCCGAGAGAGAUAGUUCCCUCGAGCUCCAGCGCGUCCUCGUUCAGCUAGGCUUGCUGUCUCGGCGAGCCCGCCUGCAUCGGCCCUUCCUCCUGCAGGGCAACCGAGACGAUCCGCGACACCAGCAGUGCCGCGAGAUAUGCCUCCAGUCCACACGCACCGCCGUGUCCAUCUCCAUCAGCAUUAUCGAG